GGUUAUUGUCAGUCAAGUCACACCAAAGGACAACCCCAUUCUCAUAAAUUCACCAAAACCCCCCACCAUUUUCAUUUUCAUUUUCUAUUUCCAUCAAACCCCUCUAUAAACCCCAAAUCACGGACACCAGUUUCGAUUUUUCAUGGCAGUUGAAGCUCCUCCACAUUCACAUCUUUUCUCUCCUCAAUUUCUAUCCAACAGAGAGAUGAUUGAUCAAGGAAACAAGAAUGUGUACGGAAACGAUGCGAAAUUUGGAUAUGGAAUGGCGCAGAUGGAGAAUGGGAUGUUUCCGAUGUAUGUUUCGAAUGGAAUGAUGGAUACGGUACCGGCGGUGGCUUUGAAGGCCGAUAGUGGACUUACUUACAGUCUUCCGAUUUCGAGGAAACGAUCACGUGAAUCGUCUUCGUUUGAUCCCUCGGGUUUAUCGUUUCCGAAUGCUCAGUUUGUAGAUCAGAAUCAGGUGAUGAACAAUCAAAAAGGAGUGUUUACGUUUCUCGGCCAGGAUGUUUCCAUGCAGAUCUAUCAACAACAAAUGGAGAUUGAUCGGUUUAUCGCGAAUCAUACGGAGAAGGUGAGAUCGGAGAUCGAAGCAACGCGAAGGAGAAACUCGAUGAGAUUAAUCGCAGCAGCCGAGGAAGGAAUCAACAAACGACUGAGAUCGAAAGAAGAGGAAAUCAUCAAAAUAGGAAAGUUGAAUUCUGUUUUAGAAGAAAAAGUAAAAUCUCUAAGCGUCGAGAAUCAGAUAUGGCAACAAAUGGCUCAAACAAACGAAGCCACCGCCAACGCUCUACGUCGCAAUCUCCAUCGAAUACUAACACAAAUUCAACAACAACAGCAAAACGGUUGGGCAGAUAAAACCACCGUCGACGACGUUCAAUCCUGUUGCGGAAGCAAUUACGAUGAAGAACACCACCACCACCAACCGGCGCCGUUAACGGCGGAAGGAGUAACCGUAACAACAACAAAGAAAUUAAACGAAGGAAAUGAUGUUGAUUCUCAGUACUGUCGAAGCAGCAGCAGUAGCGACAACAAUGGCAGGAAACUGAAGAGAUGGUGCAGAAAUUGUGGGAAAAUGGAGUCAUGCGUAUUACUGCUUCCCUGCAGACAUCUGUGCAUCUGUUCUGUGUGUGAAUCCGCCAUUAACGUCUGCCCAAUCUGUAAAUCUUCAAAAAACGCCAGUGUACAUGUUAAUAUGAGUUGAUAAUCUUGACAGAGAUAAGUUUGUCCUUCUUACCAACAAA